AUGCUGGCACCCAGAGUUCGAAGAGUUCGACCCUCCAGGCAGGUCUUCGGAGAUGGCCCCCGCUUGGUGACUCCGAAAAGCUGCAAUCACAAUUGGUCCAAACAACCAUCCAACGAUGUUGCCCGCGACGCGGUUGCGCAGCUAGCCUCAACCCCUCGUCGAUCCUUGACACUGGCUGAUUUGCUUCGUCAUGGCCGCCCCCCAUUAUCCAAAGAGGCACUGCUCGCCUCGGCCAAUUUCACCCUCUCCCUUCUGCCAGCGCGACUGGCUUCACGCAUUCAAGCGUUGCGAAAUCUGCCCUUCAUCAUCGUCUCAAACCCCCAUAUGUCCCAGAUUUACCACAACUAUCUGCAUUCGCUCUCCACGCUCCUGCCAUACCAGCAACGGAAAAUCACCACCUUUGAGGAGGAAAAGCAAUUUGGGGAGGUGUUGGCUGAUCUAGUUCAGACACACACAAAUACCAUCCCAAUUUUGGCACGCGGGUUUCUGGAAUCCAGGAAGUACAUCAACCCUGAAGAUGUGACUCGAUUCUUGGAUACCCAUCUGCGCGCACGGAUUGGCACCCGUUUGAUCGCAGAGCAGCAUCUUGCUUUACAUUUAACAUCACAGCCAGUCAUCGAUGAACUUUCGAAAACACCCCAUGAGUCGUCUUCCCGAAACACGAGUCCGUCAAACUACAUCGGAGUCAUUGAUACGGCAUUACAACCAGCUCAAAUCAUUCGGUCGUGUGAGGAUUUUGUCAGCGAGAUCUGCGAAUUGAAAUAUGGAGUUCGCCCACGUCUGGAAAUUGGGGGUGAACCUGAAGCUUCAUUUGCCCAUAUCCCUGUUCACGUGGAGUACAUUAUCACUGAGCUACUGAAAAAUGCCUUCCGGGCGACUAUCGAGUCGGGCAACGAACGAGAACCUAUCGAGGUGACCAUCGCCGCUGCACCCGAUGUCCCUGGGAAUGGGCGCCCGGUUCAAGAGGACACCGAUGGCAGUUUCCAACUGGACUCCGCAGAAAAUGAAGCGAUUGACCACGCGAGCCCGUCAUCGCAAAGUAUCACGAUCCGGAUUCGCGACCGCGGCGGUGGCAUUCCACCGGAAGUUUUGCCACACAUUUGGUCCUACAGCUUCACCACGUUUUCCGACAUGGACCAUGACGGUGAAGGCAGCGGCAAUCUCAGGGCACUGGACACGAUCGCUAGUUCAGGCGGUCAUAUCAGCAGUAUUGCGGGUCUCGGUUAUGGUCUGCCACUCAGUCGAGCCUACGCGGAAUAUUUUGGGGGUAGUAUUGCCAUACAAAGUCUUUGGGGAUGGGGUACAGAUGUCUAUCUAACUCUGCAGGGAGUUGGGAAGAUUGACUGA